CGGUGAUGUGUCAAUAUGCAGACAGAGGAUCAUGUCUUUCUAAAAACUGAUUUGUCGAAGUCCGCCGGGACAUUUUGUGUACUUGUGGGCGUGACGGGAAGCGUUGCAGCUUUGAAACUGCCUCUAUUGGUUUCCCAACUCCUCCAACUUCCUGGGGUGGAUGUGAAAGUGGUUACCACAGAGCAUGCCCAACACUUCUACAAUUCUGAAGAGGUUUCAGUUAAAACCUACCGUGACAAGGACGAGUGGGAGCUGUGGACUCAGAGAUCUGACCCUGUGCUGCACAUUGAGCUACGGCGCUGGGCAGAUCUAUUCCUCAUCGCCCCUCUUGAUGCAAACACUCUUGGAAAGAUUUCUAAUGGCAUAUGUGACAAUCUACUGACAUGUGUGGUCAGAGCAUGGGAUACCAGUCGCCCUCUUAUCUUCUGCCCUGCCAUGAACACGGCCAUGUGGCAGCAUCCUGUUACUGCCCAGCAGGUAUCCAGGCUGACAGAGUUUGGAUAUGUGGAAAUCCCCUGCAUUUCCAAGAAGCUAGUGUGUGGAGAUGAAGGUAAAGGGGCUAUGGCAGAGGUGUCAACUAUUGUAAGUGUUGUCAAACAGCAUCUUCCGAAACCAGAUGAGUCACCUGAGGACAUUUCACAUCCUAUUGUAGAGUCACCUGGCACCAAAGACAAAUAGACUGUGUUGAAACGUUCAAAGCCCUACACACCUAUUUGUCACCUAUAUGUAACUGCUAUAAUGAUAAACUGUUAAUGAAACAGUG